CCAAAAAUUCCAAUAAAACAAAAAAAUCCUAAAAAAUUCCCCCUCUAUUUUCUGACUUUACGCCUCUUCAACUCCCCAUUUUCUCAACCCUUAUUCAUUAGCUUCAUCUAACACACACAGACACACACCAGAUCUUCCCAAUUAGCUUUACAGUUUCCGCACCAUUUUCUCCGAUGUCGAAACCUUGGGGUGGUAUCGGCUCUUGGGCCGCCGAAGCCGAACGCGAAGAAGCCGAGGAGAGAGAAAAUGCCACAACCACAACCACAACCACAACCCAAAGCUUCCCUUCUCUUAGAGAAGCCAUCACUGCAAAACCCAAGAAGAAAAAGAUGACUCUUUCAGAGUUCGCUUCUUACGGGUCAUCAGGUGGACCCGUUUCUUCCGGAUCCACCCGUUUAACACCAGCUGAAAUGCUCCAGUUACCCACUGCUCCCAAACCUCGUUCUGACGAUGACUUCUCUGGGCCCCGCCUUGGUGGUGGCUUUUCAAGUUAUGGUGAUGAUCGGAGAUCCUCACGUCGUGGGUUCGACGAUGAUAGGAGACAAAAAAGAGGGGAUUUUGAGUCUAUGCCACCUCCCCCUUCUAGGGCUGAUGAGGUUGAUAAUUGGGCUUCUAUGAAGAAGCCCAUUUCUAUGAUGGUAGAGAGUGGGAGGGGUGGGAGUAGUAGUAGUUCUAGGUAUGGGUCUUUGGGUGUUGGUGUUGGUGGUGGUGGGUCCAGGGCUGAUGAGGUAGAUAAUUGGAGUUUCGGGAAGAAAUCGCAGGCGGGUCCGGGUCCCGUAAUGGGAGGAAGAUCGAGUACGUUUGGUUCAGGGUUUCGUGAUUCGGGUUCGGAUUGGAGGAGGGGAGGUGGGGAAGUGAGUGUGGAGAGGGAAUUGGGGAGGCCUAGGUUGGUAUUGGAUCCUCCUACUAUAGAGAGGAAUGGGGAGAAUGUGGUGAAGGCGGUCACAAGUAAGGCGAAUCCAUUCGGGGUGGCGAGGCCUAGAGAGGAGGUGUUGGCUGAGAAGGGAUUGGAUUGGAAAAAGUUGGAUUUAGAGAUUGAGGCUAAGAAGGUGGUGGGAGUUGGUGUUGGUGGGGGGAGUAGUAGUGGGAGUAGGCCUACAAGUUCGCAAGGAAGUCGGCCUACUAGCUCGCAGAGUAAUCGUGGGCCGGAUAGUGUAGGUGGUGGUGGUGGUGGAUUGGGGGAGAUGAAGCCUAGGCCGAAGGUGAAUCCUUUUGGGGAUGCUAAGCCUAGGGAGCUUUUAUUGGAACAGAAGGGUUUGGAUUGGAGGAAGAUUGAUCUUGAUUUAGAGCAUCGCCGUGUUGAUAGGCCUGAGACAGAGGAAGAGAAGGCUCUGAAGGAAGAAAUUGAGAAUCUAAGAAAAGACCUCGAGAAAGAUUCUGGUAAUGAUGUCCCGCAAGAGACUGAAGUUGAACAAAUCAGUCUACGUGAUCUCUUACAGAGCAAGGAGAGAGAUCUGGAAGUUCUAAUAAGGGAUUUGGACGACAAGGUCAGGUUUGGUCAGAAAGCUGUUGACAGGCCUGGAUCAAGGCCAGGUUCUGGAGCUGGGAGAUUUACUAGUUUUCCUGAGAGACCGCCGUCCCAGUCAGGAGCUUUUGAUGAUGUACGAGGUACAGAAGCGAUGGACAGGCCCCGGUCACGGGGAACAGGAGAUGUAUGGACACGACCAGGUGAAGAUAGAAGAGGAGGCUUUCAAGGUGGCAGAGAUAGAGGAGGAUUUCUCGGAAGUAGAGACUUUGACAGGUCUAGGUCAAGAGAGAGAUGGUGAAUCAUUUCUUUUUGUUUUUGGGUUAUUAUUGAACUCAGUGUGGAUUCUUCACAGCUCUCCUUUGACAUUCACCAAGCAACCGGAAAAUAAUAUUUUGUUUAAUUUGUUUAAGUCUUUGUCAAAUUAUUCACGGCUUGGCUGUAGCGCUGGUGACUCUUGUUAAUUAACUGUUAAUUUUUGAUACCUUGUAAAAUUGCCAUUUUUUGGUCUGUAUUAAGGCAAGGAUCUUGUGUUGUUCUUAGACUGACUUGUAAUGAAACAUUAUGUUAUAUUCUUGGGUCCUUUCCUUAAAAAGACGGUCUUUUUAAAGGCUUCA